AGAAAUCUUUCUUCUUCUUUUUUCCUCGUCUCAUAAUGUCUAUUAAAUAUGUUUUUUUCUUUACGGUGUUUGUCUGUGUUGUAGUCUCUGCCAAUGCUCAACUACCCCAGUUUCCCAUCCCAUUUCCUUUUCCACUUCCAUUCCAACCAAGUCCCGGUAUUCCCGGAUUACCUGAUGUAGCAAAAUGUGGGUCUUCAGUGAUGGAUAUUCCAGGAUGCAUUAUAGAGAUUUACACAUCCAUACUCACAGGACAAUUCGGACAUGUAGGUCCUUCUUGUUGCAAAGAAUUUUUGGAAGCCGAAGCCAAUUGCUUACUGAAACUUCCAUUCAACCCAUUUUUUCCUCUCAAAGAACAAUGUUCAAGAAUUGCUAAAGCAGCUCCUCCUACCACAAAAUAGAGUUUUACAUUAAUAGAGGUAAUAGAUAUAUCGUUUUUAUUUUUCAAGGGAUUUUAACAUUUUAGCUUAAUUCUACGACGUUAUCCUCCAAAAAUACGAUUAUAUAAACAAAUUUUUGAAUAAAAAAAUCCUGCAUUUACUUUUAUAUUAACCAUGCGGUUCAUGACUGUGAAGAUUCUAAACUAAUCUUACUUAUAAAACAUACUUAAAUUAUACUACGAACUAAAACUAUACAAUUUACUAUUUGGAAAAGUACAUGGGCUGCAUCUACAAAAUAAAUAUAAAGAAGAACAUAAGAGAAUGAUCGAUUUAAGAUCCGAGUUUCAUUUUACAAUAAUUUGAAAGAAGUCUAUUCAUAAUUUUUAUACAAGCUGUAUAAGUUUCCCAUCUUUUUCUGUUUUUUUUUUGUUUCAUAAACAUAGCAUUUUUGUGUCUUUUAAUGUAACUUUACUGUGCUCGGUCGCUACGUAGCGACCGAGCAGCGUGUGUGCUCGGUCACUACGUAGCGAACGAGCUCGAGCCAAAGCUCGG